GAAUCGUCUUUCGUUUUGAUAUCGGCAAUAACUUCCAUUCAACCAGGUUCAUCUACUAGAAACUCUUAAUAGCAUAGCAUAUAAUAAGUAUUUACAAUGUCCACGCCCGCUAAAAGAAGACUUAUGCGUGAUUUCAAGCGUAUGCAACAGGAUGCGCCAAGUGGUGUCUCUGCUUCUCCCUUGCCAGACAAUGUUAUGAAAUGGAAUGCGGUAAUUAUAGGACCUUCUGAUACCCCCUUUGAAGACGGGACAUUUCGAUUAAUACUUCAGUUUGAUGAGCAAUACCCUAAUAAACCACCUAGCGUGAAGUUCAUAAGUGACAUGUUCCAUCCCAACGUGUAUGCGUCUGGAGAAUUAUGUUUGGAUAUUUUACAAAAUAGAUGGUCGCCAACAUAUGACGUUUCUUCGAUAUUGACCUCUAUCCAGUCGUUAUUGAACGACCCUAAUAUUAGCUCUCCUGCGAACGUAGAGGCGGCUAAUUUGUAUAAGGACCACAGAUCGCAGUAUGUGAAACGUGUAAGGGAGACUGUGGAGAAUAGUUGGCUUGAAGAUGAUUUGGAAGAUGAUGAGGAUGAUAAGGAUGAUGAGUGAUUUAUUGGGCAUAUUUGUACGAUAUUAAAUAUAGAAUUUUCUUGUUAAUGUGUAUUAUACUAUUUGUAGUGGUUC